AUGUCAGAAUCACAAACUCUUCAUACCGUUACUAAUUGGUUAACAGCAUUUAAAGAAAGUUACAAAAAAGUAUGUUGCACUUAUUUUCUUAAACAUGUAUUUUCUCAUAAAAAAGAUACAUUUCCGAAACCGGCAGUGAUUUUAUCCGAUCGAGCUCAAAUUCUUCUUCAAUCUGCUCUUCGUGUUUUCAAUGAUGAAAAUUAUCAAGAAUUUCUUGCACGUGCCUAUCGUAUAGUCACUCAUCAAGCUAUUCAAAAUGACUUAUCAAAAACUAUUAUUCACGCUUGCUUGUCUCAUUUUAUGUUGGACAUGAGAAAACGUGUUAAUAAAUACUUGCAUGGUGAUAUUCGUGAAUUAGCAAUGUGGUGUAUUGCUCUUUUAGUUAACACAAAUACAUGGGUUGAUAUGAAAGAAAAUUGGAGAUUAAUUUGUGAAGUUUUCAUUAAUUAUUCAACAAAUGAAACAGUAAUUUUUAAACAGCAUUAUUCAAUACUUCUUUCUCGCAUCAGUCAAAUUACAAAUGAUCCAAAUUCAUCUGCAGCUAUUAAUCAAUCGAAAGAAAUAGUAUCGGAAUCGAUUGAUGUAUUUGAAUUUGAUGAUGAUAUUGAAAAUGAUAACUUGGACCAUAAUGUAUUCGAUUCUAAAAGAACUAUGGAAAAGAUGAAACAAUUGAACAGAUCAUAUUCUCAUCGAACAUCUGUUAAUAAAUCGUGCUAUGAAAAAAACAUCAAGUCAACUCUUUCUUCUUCAACAUUAGAUGAAGCAGCUAAAUCUGUACGACAAUGGUUGGCUUAUUUCAAUCAACAUUGCAUACCAACAGUGGCCAUUUGGUCAAAUCUGCUAUUAGGUAAUCUAUCACGCCAUGUAACAUCAUCCAUUCGGGCAUUUGACAACUUACUUUUAAACAAACAUGAUCAAAGAACAAAUGCUAUAUCAGAAAGACGCAUGUCAAUCGUGAAGAGAACACAACUUGGUACACAAACUUAUAUGCGUUCGGACGUGGUUUUACAAAUACUCGUUCAAGAUAUGCAAAAAUUUAUUGAAAAUUUCUCUCUUUCAUACUUAGCUUCAACAUUCGACGAUAAUAAUAAUGAACGUUCUCAACAGAGAUUGAAAGAAUUGAAGGAAAAUUGGGGAAAAAAGAACCGUCGUGGUUCUGGAUUUUAUGCAAAGAAACCAGACAAAUCAAUAAUGAACAAUCUACAAUAUGCACUUAUUUCAUCUUCAACAACAAUUAAUGAUGGUCUUUCAAUACCAGAUUUACCUGUAUCCAACCGGUUAAAUGUAACUAUUGGAAUGUUAAUAUCGAUUAAAUCAAUUCGUGAAUCUGCAGCUUCACCAUUAACAGUAUCAACGCCUUUACCUAAUGAUAUACUUUCCUUCAUCAAUAGAUGGAAAUCUUCAUCAAAUCGUGCCCAAUCCCAAAAACAAACAAGUAAAGAACAAAUACAACUAUUGAAUGCUCCAUUUCAUAUACCAAUUAAUGUUCCACUUGAUUGCAAUGAACAAAUAAAUUUUAUUCUACACAAAAUUCUUCUCGAAAUUAUUGAUUCUUCAAUACCAGCAAUAAAAAUAUUUACUUGUAUGUCUUGUAAAUUUACUAUACAUACCAGGUUUAACAUGAAUUAUAUUCCACUCAAUAUGGUUGAAGGAAAAUACCAUCUUCGUGAACAAUUAAAUAGUUACUUUGGUGGUUUCAUAUCCGAUCAUAUAUGUGAUAAAUGUUCAACGAGUAUGUCUCGACAUAUAAAAUUACUUGAGUGCCCAUCUGUAAUCAUUCUUCACAUUAGCUGUAUUGACAUUUCUUCGACAAUUUUACGUAAACCACCGAAUGCAAUAUUUUUUCAACCUUUUCUAGAAAAAUUUAAUAUUGGUUGUACGUCAUCAAGUAUUUAUGACGUUGUUGCAUUUAUAUCUAUAAUGCCAAAUACAGAUAAUAAAUUAGUGCUAGCUACAAAAAUUAAACAACGAUGGCGCAUUAGUUCCAUGCCAAAGCGUAUUGGUAAUGGUGAAAAAUUAUGUAAAUUAUUUGCCAACAGUCGAUUAAUAAUUCUGGAACGUCUUCGAACAUGCAACAGCAACUUUAUUUAUGCGAUAGCACAAUGUUGUUCUGUUCGUAUUAAUGAUAGUACAGAAAAUAAUAUUAAAGCAUGUGAGACAUUGAAUGCUGCUAUUAAAAUCAUCGAAAGUCAAACAUCAUUUUACAAUCUAAAGCUAAUUUUGUCGUCGAAUUAUACCACAUAUUACCAAUGCCAGAAAUGCCGGUGUUCAUCUAGUUCAUUAUCAACAACAAAUAAGUGUAUAUCUAUUUAUGAACGUUAUAUAGAUCACUCUGAAGUAUAUGCUAUUCCACUAACGUGGCAAGAUACAUUAGAUCUUUAUUGUUCAGUUUGUAAUGAUAAAACCAAUAAUGUAAUUUUACCAACACAUAGCCAAGUUCAUCAUCAAUAUCCAACUAUUUUAAUGUUUUAUUCAUCACGUACAACACUUCGUGCUGUUCAAGAUCUUUGUAUUGAAUUAGGUGAUGAUAAUACACGAGACAAAUAUGCAUAUAGACCAAUAUCUGUUUUACUUAUUGACGAAUAUAAUUCAAUAUCGGUGAUAAAACUUGAAAAACUCCAGGCUUAUUGUAGUAAUCCAUAUAAAAAAACAACUACAUUAUCUGAUGAUUCAAUUAAUGAUCUUUUUCAUACAGCUCAAAAGACAAUAAUUUUUCUCCAACAAUCAACAACGACUUCAACUCCUACUCCUUUUUUAUUCAAAUCACCUUUACCAGUUCAUCUCGUUAAUAAAUCAACCGGUAAAUCAAUAACUGCAUCGAUUCGAUCUUUAGCGAUUUCACAAAAAAUUCCGGUUAAACAGACAGUCAAUGGCAUCAUUCAUCAAUCAAUUUAA